UUGUCUUUUUUCCCAUCGCUUUUCCUUCUCCUUCCCUCUCUCUCUCUCUCUUCUCUCUCUCUUCCCUCCAUUCUUACUCACUUGCUCUCUGACUUUUCUUUGUUUGUCAGCAAUCAUCAUCAUCAUCAUCAUCAUCAUGCGCUCCCCUGCCCCUGCCCCGUCGUUGCGCUCUGCCCGUCUGACCCCCCUCUUCCUCUGCCGCCUGUGCCUCUUCUGUCUCGCUGCGCACCACGCUGCCGCCGUCGUGCCUGGCUUCCGCACGCAAGUCACGCAGUCUGGCCUCGACUACCUCCGCUCGGUCGGUGUGCCGCUGCUCGUCGCCCAGAUUGUCGGCAUCGACAUCCCCGACAUUAGCGGCAAGACGAGCGUGGACGUGCUUGGCACCGUCUCGUACGCCCUCUCGAACAUCAAGCUGACCCAGUUCGCAGUCCCGUCCACCGCACUCACGCUGGUCCCGGGCGUGGGCAUCACGGUCGGCGCAUCCAACGCGAACGGGCACAUCACCGCCAACUGGAAGUACAGCUGCUGGGCCGCCUCAGACCAUGGCAGCGCUGACAUUUCCGUUUCGGGCAUCGCGGUGACCGUCUCUGCAGCGCUCACUGCAACCAGCGACGGACACCCCGCAGUUUCAAUGACGAGCUGCUCGGCGAAUGUUGGAUCCAUGUCCAUCGACUUCCACGGCGGCGCGUCGUGGCUGUACAACCUGUUUAGCGACACGAUUGCCGGAGACAUCAAGUCCUCGCUCAACUCGCAGCUCUGCGACCAGAUCAAGUCGGCCAUCGACACGUCCGCCAACCAGGCUCUCGCAACGCUGCCCAUCGUCGAGCCCAUCGACGACUACAGCGAGAUCAACUUUGCGCUGAUUGAAAACCCGACCUUCACCGCAACCUACCUCGACACGGCGCACAAGGGCGAGUUUUACUACAUCAAGCACCCCGUCGAGUGCCCAUUCACCCCGGCCGCAACGCCCGCCAACGUCACCAACACCAAGAUGCUCUCGGUUUGGCUCACGUCCUUCAUUGCCGACUCGGCCGGCUACGCCUACCUCGAGGCCGGCCAGCUCGAGUACACGGUGACCCCCGACCAGGUUCCGGCAAGCUUCCCGCUCCAGCUCAACACGGACUCGUUCCAGUACCUUCUGCCCCCGCUGUACAACAUGUGCCCGGGCUGCAACCUGACGCUCACCGUGAAUGCCACCACCCCCGCCGAGCUCGACAUUUCCGCCGAGACGGGUCUUUCGUUCUUCAUCUACGGCGACAUGGAGCUGGCGGUGCUGAACGGCAGCCAGUCCAUCGAUGCCUUCACCCUCAACGCGACAAUCCUGUCGUCCGGCAUUGUCGGCCUCAAGUCUGUCAACGGCAGCGAAAUCAUCUGGGGCAACGCCACCUUUGCCAGCGUCGGCAUCAGCCUGCUCGAGAGCCAGAUUGGCCCCUUCGACGUGUCCGUCCUCCAAAGCGCCGUCAACAUUCUCUGCGAGUAUGCCCUCAUUCCGCUCCUGAACGCCUACAUUAACGGCGGCUUUGCCAUCCCCACGAUCGAGGGCAUCACGUUCGUCGACCCCGAAAUCAUCCUUGGCGACGACUACAUCCAGAUUGACACCAACAUCAACUACGUUCCGACCUCUGAGCGCUCCUGGGUCACGCGUCCUUCGCGCCUUGAUGUGCCCGCGCCUGCUUUCUUCGCUCGCCCGGCUCCCGUCGUGGAGAACGUCCCUCAGCGCAUCCCCAUCGUCUAAAAAGGAUGAUGUUGAUGCUAUGAAGCUCUCUUGGGUGUAUGAAUGAACAAAAAGACAAGGCUGUCAGCUGGGGGGUCUCUUCUGGUUGCUUGUUUUUGUGUCACUUUGUUUGAGAAUACACUCACCAAUUACUUUACUAAUA